AUGAUCUAUAGGUUGCUGUAUUUUGACAAGAUAUAUCUGUAUGCUAAAAAUCUGCAACAAAGCAAGUAUGAGCAUUUACUAGACUUAUUCGAACCUAUUAGUGAAGAAGCUGGUUAUCCCAUUAUUGAAGCAAGCAAUGAUAAAAUAAUUCAUAACUGGAUGCCAUGUGAUAAUCAAAAGCUAGUCAUUUUCGAUGAUUAUCUCAAUACAGGAACAAAGAAUGAUGUUGAAAUCAGGAAUUAUUAUACCAAUUCCAGAAAUAAAAACUGCAGCUGUAUCUAUUUAUCUCAAAGCUAUUAUGGCACUGAUAAAAUAAUCCGAUUAAAUUGCACACAUCAUUGUAUCUUUGAAUUUCCUUCCAGCAAUGAGCAAAAUAUGAUAUGCAGAGAGCAUGGGAUCAGCAAAUCUCACUAA